UUAGGAUGCUAUGAAGAUGACCUAAAAGCCAAAUCCCUUCUCGAUGACCUUUACCUGCAUUUACUUAACCUGAUCGAGGACGAGGUGAUGUUCCACCAGGAGCUAUGCCACCAGACAAGUCGAUCGCGAAUGAUCCUGGCCAGAAUCAGAAUGCAGCAGGGUACCCAACGGACAGCGUCGGAGAUCCUGGUGCCUGUGUGGCCACCCUACCGUGCCCUCUGCCGCCUCUUCGAGGACUACACUCCGUGGGGUGCUGUCGUAAACCUCUGCCGGUAUCCUAUCGCGACCGAACGGGGAUUCCUUCAGCCGCUGACGAAUAUAUUUGGAAGCUUAAUCCCCGCCAGCUUGCGAGUUGCGAAAAGACACUGGGACCUAUCGGUGGAAUAUUCUGUGGAAUGUGCAAAUAUGCGAAAGGAACUGCUGUCCACCAUGUCCUCUAUAAGAAAACUUCGGCUACGGCAAUGCAAUAGGAGACAAUCGGGUGAACUUUGA